AUUUAGUUUGUGGUUAUUCAAUAUUAUUCAUAUUUCAUGUUACUAUUGCAGUGAAGUAAAUUUGUUUCUCUUUUAUAGAAUUUUUAACACACUCAGUAAUUUCUACCAAUCUGUAUUUUUUAAAUAAUAUAAAAUAAGAUAAUAAUGCAGUACAAGAAAGUAUCCCACGUUUUAUUUGAUUUAGAUGGCUUACUUUUAGAUUCAGAAACUUUGUAUACAGAAGCUUUUACCACAGUAUGUGCCAAAUACGACAAGAAAUUUACAUGGGAAUUAAAGGCUAGCUUGCUUGGUUUUCAAGGGUCUGAGUGUGCUGAUAAGAUAAUAAAAACUUUGAGUCUACCCAUCUCUAGAGAGGAGUUUAUGAAGGAAUGUUUUAAAAUUUAUGAGGUACUGUUCCCCAAAGUGCAACUUAUGCCAGGUGCACAAAAGUUUGUUGAACAUUUACACAAGAAAGGAAUACCAAUAGCACUGGCCACCAGCUCUAGUAAAGAUAGUGUUGAUAUGAAAAUGCAGAACCAUAAGGAUUUAUUGAAAUUAUUCCACCAUCUUACCAUGGGAAGUUCAGAUCCUGAAGUCACAAAAGGAAAGCCUGAUCCUGCAAUUUUUUUAGUAUGUGCAUCCAGGUUUCCUGAUAAACCAAAACCUGAAAAUUGCCUUGUAUUUGAAGAUGCAGUGAAUGGUGUAAAAGCAGCAUGUGCAGCCAACAUGCAGGUAGUGGUGGUUCCUGACCCUCGAAUAGAUACUACGUUGCUACAAGAUGCUACUGUAAUUCUCAAGUCACUAGAAGAUUUUAAACCACAACUAUUUGGUCUUCCCGAGUAUGACUAAUAUGUAAGAGACUACAUACAGUAGACAGUGUAGAAAAAUAUUUAUUUCUCACCAUAUACUUAUACAAUAGUACACUUAAUUUUUAAUCUUUUCCCAUAAUAGAUUUGUGUUUUCUGAAAUGGUUGUUAAAGCUAUUAAAUAGAUGUUAUGAUGAUAGAUAUUUGAUUUUAUUUUUAGUUGUAUUAUCUGUAUGUAUAUAUUUUAGUAUUCUUAGAUAAUUUUAACAAACAUUGCUGUUAAUAAGUAGUUUUAGAUAUAAAAGCUAUGCAAUACAUAGUUGAAUAAAAUUUGUGACAUGUACUUUGUUAUAGUCUGUAAACCAAUUAUGUUAGAUUCCUGCAAUAUACAAUAAUAAAUCAAGGUUGCCCUUAACGAUUUGAAUCAUAGGUACAUUUAUUUAUAAAUAUUACAAAUUAAUCUGACUAAAAUAUGUAAUUCGUCCGUUAUUUUAACAUAAAUGCAUAAGGUUCAUAAAAUUAUGCUUGACAUAAGUAAAUGUCAUAUGUAUAUAUAUGUACUAAUGAUGUCUUUAGACUAUUCAAUUCAUAUAUCUAGUC